AUGCAGGGGAUUACGGAUCACAUCCUCAGACUGCUGUCCCAGCAUUGGCUGCUCGUAUCAGGGACCGCACUGCUUCUGUGGCUGGUCAAGAACAGAUACCGAAACGGACUGAACAAGUACCCAGGUCCAUUUUUGGCCUCUCUUACAGACUGGUGGCGUCUUUUUGAUGUUUACGGCCGCCGUCCAGAACUCACACACCGAGCACUGCACAAGAAAUAUGGCGACGUCGUUCGGCUUGGGCCGAAUGCUCUCUCGUUUUCUGAUCCCAGUGCCCUCAAGUCAAUCUACGGCUUGAACAAAGGAUUCGUUAAAUCGGACUUUUAUAUUGUUCAACAAUCCAUCUCAAAGGGUCACCGUCUACAAUCUCUCUUUAGCUCGACGAACAAUGACUUCCAUGCAAGAUUCCGUAGAUGUGUCAACUCAGCGUUUGCCAUGUCUGCUUUGGUCCAGUAUGAACCUUUUGUCGACAACACCACAAAGCUGUUCUUGGAGCAGACGAAAAAGAUCUUCGUUGAAAACCCCGAAGGAUGUGACUUUACCCAGUGGCUACAAUUCUAUGCCUUUGAUGUGAUUGGAGAGAUCACCUACAGCAAGAGACACGGAUUUGUUGAGAACAACAAGGACGUUGACGGUAUCGUCGGGUACUUGUCCUGGUUGUUCCUCUAUGUUGCACCCAUUGGACAAAUUCCAUUCCUUGACCGGCUUCUUCUCAAGAAUCCUAUCUACCUCAAGCUCUCUCAGUGGGGCUUCAUCGAUGCCACCUUUCCCGUUGCGCGCUUUGCUAACAAUCGCAUGGCCGAGCGACUGCCACACUUGAGCAACGAAAAGCCAGAAUCUCAAGAAUCUCAGGCAGUAAGCGUGAAGUCACCGGACCUUCUUUCCAAGUUCCUGGCAGCCCAUGAGUCCCACCCUGAAUUCAUGUCCCAAACCCUGGUCCAGACCAUGGCUGUUAGCAUGGCAUUUGCUGGCUCCGAGACGACUGCUAUCAGUCUGUCUGCCGUUUUCUACUUCUUGCUCAAGCAUCCCGGAGCCUUGGCACGUCUCCGAGCAGAAAUCGAUGAUGCCGCACGCGCUGGGGCCUUUGGUGACUCUGAGACUGGCCUUGUGACUUGGCAUGAGAGCCAGGAUCUCCCCUACCUUGACGCUUGCAUCAAGGAGGCGUUCCGUCUGCAUCCUGCCGCUGGUCUGCCAUUGGAGCGGAUCGUGCCAGAGGCUGGAGCGGAAAUUUCCGGUCAUUUCGUCCCCGGUGGAACUAUCGUGGGCUGCUCGGCUUGGCUUAUUCAUAUGAACAAGGGUGUCUUUGGUGAAGAUGCGGAGAUGUAUCGCCCUGAACGAUGGCUUCCAAAUGAGGAAACUGUCAAGACGGAAAUUGGCAAGACUGCGGAAGAUCGCCGCAUUAAGGAAAUGAACGGGACUAUGUUCCAGUUUGGUAUGGGCAGUCGGACCUGCAUUGGAAAGAACAUCAGUCUCCUGGAGAUCUAUAAGCUUGUACCCAGCAUGUUGCGGAGAUUUGAGAUUCAAUUCAAGGAUCCAAAUCAAGAGUGGGAAUUGGUCAAUGCUUGGUUUGUGAAACAGAAGAACUUUACGACGACUUUCAAGCUUCGAGAAAUUGUCAAGGCAGAUAACAUCGUCGAUCCCACAGCGUCUUGA